AUGGAUACCGGCGUGGGGUUUUUGACCCGUAGAGUGAAGCAUCGGGCCGUGGCUGUGCUCAUCUACUGUCUGACGGGAGGCAGAGCAAGAUUCGGCGACUCUAAUGGAGUCAAGAUCCCGCCAAUAACGGAUGUGGUCAUCCCACACAUCCUUGGUGAGCUCAGGAGGUGCAUGAACUUGAGGAGCAGAGGCCCAACAAACCUAGUUCCACCAGUUGAAGACAUUAAAGCACUUGAAAGGCAGAUCGCAAGGAGAAGAAGAGAAGAAGAGCAACAGGCUCACCUACACAGAUUGGGAUUUAUGAUGGAACCAGUUCCAGAACAACCUCAAGCUGAAGAGGGCAAUGGUCAAGGAGCUGCCAACCUUCGACCUAGACAACCACAACGCCAAGCUAGAGCCAUCGGUACAUAUGAUCAACCGAACAUAAAUGGGAAUAGGUUGGGCAUUAGGGCACCCCCAGUUGCCAACAAUAAUUUCGAGAUCAAGUCCAGCCUCAUCAACAUGAUUGAAAAUAACAAGUACCAUGGACUUGCCUUGGAAGACCCACUAGAUCACCUUGACAGAUUUGAUAAGUACUGUGGCUUGUCAAAAACAAAUGGAAAGGCCUUCCUCAACAAGUUCUUCUCUGCUACAAGGACUGCCAACCUUAGAAAUCAGAUCUCUGGUUUUCAACAAAGAGGACUUGAAGGAUUUUCAGAGGCAUGGGAGAGAUUCAGAAGCUACUUGUCUCAAUGUCCCCACCAUGGCUUCAACAAUGAGAGCUUGCUAAGCACUUUCUACAGAGGAGUUUUGCCUAAAUUCAAAAGCCAACUCGACACUGCAAGCAAUGGAAACUUCUUGGGGAGGACUGUCGAAGAUGCUUUAGAACUCUUGGAGAACAUGGCACAGAGUGACUCUGUAUACAAUGAUGAAUAUGAUAGAAGAGACAGAGGUGGUGGAGGAGAAGAUAUGACCACAAAGAGAGAGCUGAAAGCACUUCAAGAAAAGAUUGACAUGCUACUAUCAGAAAAGACCAAGAAAGAGGAGUUACAUAUGGUUGCUGAAGUUGAUGGAGUAGAAUGCCAAGAAGAUAUGUACUAUGUCAAUGCUCAGGGUACAUGGUACAAGAAGGAGCCUGACUAUCAAUACCAGAACAACUACCAACAGAAACCCUUCUACAACAACCAACAGAAGCCAUUCAACAACUACCAGCCAAGACCAUUCUACAACAAUCAACCUAAGCCAUUGUACAACAACAACCAAGGUGGUUACCAACCCAAACAGAACUUCCCUCCUGGAUUCUCACCAAAACCAAGUCAACCUGCACAAGACCAAGCUGGAUCAUCAACACAACCUCCACAAGAGAGUAGUACUGAAGCUAUGCUGAAACAAUUAUUGGAGGGACAAACAAGAAGUUCCCUACCUGGAAAGCCUGAACAAAACCCAAAGGAGACAAUGAAGGCAAUCACCCUAAGGAGUGGAAGAGAGUUGCCUCCUAAAGUUCUCAUUAAGGAUAAUGAGAAACAAGGUGGGGAGGUGGUCAUCAAUGUAGAUGAUGAUGUGGUGAUUGUGGAUGAGAAGACUAAUGAGGAAAUCUUGGAGAAGAUAAGACUGACUGUCCCAAGGAAGCUAGAAGACCCUGGUAGUUUCACCCUGCCAUGCGCCAUUGGACCUUUGACAUUUGAGAAAUGUCUAUCUGAUCGAUCUGUCAAGCUCCCCAUUGGCAUCCUAGAAGAUCUUCCUGUCAAGAUAGGAAAUUGUGAAGUGCCUACUGACUUUGUAGUGCUUGAGAUGGAUGAAGAGCCUAGAGAUCCUUUGAUCUUUGGAAGACCUUUCUUGGCAACUGCUGGAGCAAUGGUGAAUGUGAGAGAUGGCACAAUUGAUCUCCACCUUGGAAAAGAUCACAUUCUCCAUUUUGAUAUCAAGGAGAUGAUGAAGAAGCCCACAACUCAAGGAGAAAUAUUCUACAUUGAUGAGAUGGAUGCCUUGGCUGAUGAUUUCCUUGAGGAGUUAGCGAUUGAGGACUCUCUUCAACAUGCCCUGACCAUUGAAAGAGAGACCCAAAUGAUUGAAAACAAGGAGAGUGAUGAGCUAGUAAGAAGGCUAGAUGUUCACCUUGAGGAGGAUGGAGAAGAUGAGUUCAUGGAGUUGCCACAAAUGACUCAACAUGCUGCCUCAGCAGACAUUCAAGAGAACCUCCAUGAAGCUGAUUGGAGUGAGCUCAAGGCACCAAAAGUGGAGCUUAAACCUCUUCCCCAUGGUGUAAGGGUAUUACAGAGAUGUGAGGACACUAACCUGGUGCUCAAUUGGGAGAAGUGUCACUUCAUGGUCAAGGAAGGGAUUGUUCUUGGACACAAAGUUUCUGAGAAAGGAAUUGAAGUGGACAAAGCCAAGAUAGAUGUCAUGGUUGGUCUAGCUCCACCAAGAACAGUGAAGGAUAUAAGAAGCUUUCUGGGUCAUGCCGGUUUCUAUAGAAGAUUCAUCAUGGAUUUCUCUAAGAUAGCUAGACCAUUGACCAGGCUGUUAUGCAAAGAAGCUGCAUUUCACUUCGAUGGGGAAUGUAUGGAAGCUUUCAAAAACCUGAAGAAUGCACUCAUCAGUGCACCCAUAGUUCAACCGCCAGAUUGGGAUCUCCCCUUUGAGAUCAUGUGUGAUGCAAGUGACUUUGCUGUAGGAGCAGUCCUAGGCCAGAAGAGAGACAAGAAGUCACAUGUGAUCUACUAUGCAAGUAGAACCCUUGAUGAAGCUCAAGCUAAAUACUCUACAACUGAGAAGGAGCUAUUGGCCAUUGUCUUUGCAUUUGAGAAGUUCAGAAGCUACUUGGUUGGGUCAAAGGUGACUGUCUACACUGAUCAUGCUGCAUUGAGACACCUCUUAGCCAAGAAAGAUGCAAAACCAAGACUAUUGAGGUGGAUUCUGCUGCUACAAGAGUUUGAUCUUGAGAUCAAGGACAGGCCUGGAGUUGAGAAUGGAGUAGCUGAUCACCUGUCCAGGUUGAAGGUGGAGUGUGGAAUCCCUAUUGAUGACAGACUUCCAGAAGAGCAAAUGAUGGCUAUUCAUGCAGUGGUAGCUGUUUGUGAGACAGGAAAGAAACUUGAAGAGGUGAAGGCGGCUGAUGAGAAGGGUCCUUGGUAUGCUGAUAUAGUCAACUACUUAGCUAGUGGAAAAGAGCCAUUGAACCUUGAAGGUUAUGCCAAGAAGAAGUUCUAUAAGGAUGUGAAGAGAUAUUAUUGGGAUGAGCCUUACCUCUACAUACUUUGUAGAGAUCAACUCUAUAGAAGGGCAGUGGCUGAAGAAGAAAUUGAUGGGAUCCUUACACAUUGUCAUGGAUCAUCCUAUGGAGGCCACUUUGCUACAUUUAAGACAGUUGCAAAGGUGCUACAAGCUGGAUUUUGGUGGCCUCACAUGUUUAAAGACACCCAAGACUUUGUCUCAAGGUGUGACUCUUGUCAAAGAAGAGGAAACAUCACCAAGAGGAAUGAAAUGCCUCAAAACCCCAUCCUAGAAGUUGAAGUGUUUGAUGUCUGGGGUAUUGACUUCAUGGGGCCUUUUCCUUCAUCUUAUAGCAACAAGUACAUACUGGUGGCUGUAGAUUAUGUCUCUAAGUGGGUUGAAGCAAUUGCAAGUCCAACCAAUGAUGCAAAGGUGGUUCUAAAAAUGUUCAAGAGCAUAAUCUUUCCAAGGUUUGGGAUUCCAAGAGUUGUGAUCAGUGAUGGAGGGUCUCACUUCAUCAACAAACUGUUUGCAAACCUCCUUAAGAAGAAUGGUGUGAAGCACAAGGUUGCAACUCCUUACCACCCCCAAACAAGUGGUCAAGUUGAGAUUUCCAACAGGGAGAUCAAGUCCAUUCUGGAGAAGAUUGUGGGGGUUACAAGAAAAGAUUGGUCCAUCAAGCUUGAUGAUGCAUUGUGGGCUUAUAGGACAGCUUACAAGACACCUUUGGGAACUACACCUUUCAACCUUCUCUAUGGAAAGUCUUGCCAUCUACCAGUUGAGCUUGAGUACAAGGCACUAUGGGCAGUCAAGUUGCUGAACUUUGACAUCAAGAGUGCCAAGGAGAAGAGAUUGAUCCAGCUGAACGAACUUGAUGAGAUAAGACUUGAAGCUUUUGAAAGUUCAAAGAUCUACAAAGAGAAAACAAAGGCUCUCCAUGACAAACAUAUCCUGAAAAGAGACUUUAAAGAAGGAGAUCAAGUUCUUCUCUACAACUCCAGACUGAAGUUGUUUCCAGGCAAGCUCAAGUCAAGGUGGUCUGGUCCUUUCAAGGUUAAAGAGGUUAAACCUUAUGGAGCAAUAGUUUUGUGGAGUUCUGAUGGAAGAGAGUUCACCAUCAAUGGACAAAGGGCUAAGCUUUACUUGGGAACCAAAUCGGAAGACCUGGGAACUUCAGUUCCACUUUCCGAUCCAACCACAGUCUAACCUAAAGGAGGCAAAGUCAAGCUAGAGACUUAAAACAAGCUCACUUGGGAGGAAAUCCCAAGAGUAUCCUUUGUAUAUAUGUGUGAAUGUUUUUAAUAAAUUGUGUGAACUAUCCUUGUUUGUGUGUUUGUUUGUGUGAAUUGUGUGUGAUUUCAGUUUGGAGGGUGCUCAGGAAAAGGAAAGGUUUCAAAAGAGGCUAGGAAAGAAACACAAGUGCUGCGGAGACAUGCUCAUAGCGACCCACACAUGUCGCUAUAACCCUUUACGGACAACCUUAGCGACGUGCAUAGCGACAUCCUCAUGUUGCUACGACGAAACGAGGAGAAUGCAAUAUUUGGCUAAGGACCGUAGCGACAUAUCCAUAGUGACAUGCUCAUGUCCCUGCAGUCACAAGGUAACUACUCUAAUCCGGUUUAAAAUCUCUCCACAUCUCUAGUAAUUUUUAUUUCACCUAUCAUGUAAACCACUCCAAAUUCAAAGUCACACAAGAGACUGUGUGAUUCGGGUGUGGUGGAGGUACUAUAAAAACUGAUCAUUUUGCUUGUUUUUAUUUGGAUGAUUUGCAUUUGACAUAUCUAGCAUUUUGGAUUUUCUUGUGAUUUCUAAAAAAAAAAAAAAAAAAAAAAAAAAAAAUUUAAAAAAAAAAAAAGUUGUGUGUUUUGAAUUAUGCAUAGGGAGCCAUGACUGAAAUUGCCAUGAAAAGAACAUAUCUACAAGCAUCUCUUGAGCCUUGAAAACUCUUUUUGAAACAUGUGGCUCAUAUGAUAUUGACAUUGUUCUUGAAACCAAUUACAAACUGAACUUGGGCAUAAUGAAUUUAAUCUCUCUUGCAUAUGGGCACUUGCAUACUUGAUCAUGGAUUUCAUACACAUUUGGGUUAUCUUAUUCCAUGUAUUAUCCUUUGAUUAACCCAAAUGGCAGUCCCCUACCCUUGAACCCUUGCCAUUCUUUGAAACCAAUAUUGAUUUGUUGAGUGAGGUCUCUUAUUGAUAGCUUGUUAUGUGCAAAAUCUUGAGAGUAUUGGGAGCGACAUAUGUUUGUUCUCAUCUAUUGCUAGCAUAAGAUCCUCAUUUGAACUAGCAUCUAGGAUGGUGAGUGAGUUUGUGUGUUUUUAAGUUGUUAUAUCUUG